CCACCCGCUGUGCAGGCAUUGGUACUGCUUCUGCGCACGUCGGAUCGUUGGUUUCACUUCUCUAUGAGACUUUCCGGGGGAGUGUUGCUGCCACUGACGACAUCGACGCACUUUUCACACCACCCCACAAGCAGCUGCUUAUCAUUUGGUUUGUUCUUUUCGCUUCGCCUUUUCGCUAACCAGCUUCAGUUAGCCUAACUAACUAAACUACUAACCCGAUGGCAAAAUGCUGUCCUACGACCUCAACGAACGCCUGCUAACCGCCGUCCAGAGCGGAGAUUUCGAGCAGGCUCUGGGCUGCAUCAUGCAAGGUGCCCAGGCCUCGUAUGUAUCGCCCACUUGCGGACGCACUGCCGUGGGCACGGCGGCCAUCCUGGGCGAUGCCGAGCUGUUGGAGCUGCUGCUUCAAUCCUGCGAGGAGCCCGAGCUGAAUGCCUUUCAUCAGUCGAACACGGAUAGCCUCGAGAUCGAGCGGACGCCCGAGGGUAUGGAGAAACUGGAGUGGGUGGAUGAGUUCGAGAAUAGUGCGGAGAAUGGAGCGGUCAGCGGCGAAGAUGAUAGCCAGUUGUAUCGGUAUUAUGCGAAAACCUUCGAAACCACCGGAGAGUUCAUAUCAUCCCAGUGCUGUGUCUCCUGUCGCGAACAUGAUCCGCAUCUCUACGAUGCCGAGGUGGCCACUCCGCUGCACUACGCCGCCUGCUGGGGCCACGAGGAGUGUGUGCGCAUCCUGUUGGAACACAACGCACCCGUCAAUGUCGUCAAUAACGAUGGAUACGCGCCGCUCCAUAUGGGUGCCGGCUUCGCCGGUGUCACCGAGCUACUGAUCAAGCACGGAGCCUUGGUGAAUGCCAAAACCCUGAGUGAUGGCAAGACCGCUCUUCAUGUGGCCAUCGAAAGCAAGUGUGUGGAAUCUGCCCGUCUACUGCUCCAAACGAACAUCAACAUCAAUGACACGGAUGAUGAUGGCGAGACGCCUCUGAUGGCGGCCAUCGCCUGCAGCAUGUUGGACGUAGCUGAAGAGCUGGUGAAGCGAGGUGCUCGCAUCAAUAUCCAGGACAAGCAGAACCACACGGCCUUGCAGUACGCGGUGAGGGGUCGUCACUGCCAGAUGGCCAAGUUGCUCUUAGAGCGCGGAGCACGGCGCCUGGCCUCCCAACACCUGCUUCAUCUCGCCGUUGAGUCCGACGUGACGGAACUGGUGGAGCUCCUGCUGCAGUACGGCGAGAGUUUGUCCGUAAGGAAUCCCAAUAACUACACACCCAUCAUGCUGGCCAUCCAUCUGGGGCGUCACGAAAUGCUGGAGUAUCUGCUGAACGCGGCUGAGGAACAGCGCAAGCUCGGACUCUACUCGGAUGUCAACGAUGAGGGCUUGGUUCUGUUUGCCGUGCAGCAGAGAGUAUGGGUUAAGGAGUUUAGCCGCAUACUGCGUGUAUUGCUCGCCAAACUGCCCAGCGCUCGUAAGGAUUUCUAUGGCUCCUGUGCUCCGACAAUCGUUUGUGGCCUGAUUUACUGUCAAUCUCCGUUGUCCAGGGCCAUUAACCUGAACCGCCUGGAGGUGGCCGAAUUCCUCAUCCACGAGGGCUGCAAUCUGGCGCAGAUUUGCCGGUCGCAUGUGGUGAAUGAGCUCAGAUCCAAUUGCACACCAACAAGAUUGGCCUUUGCCAGGUUGCUAUGUAACGCUGGCUUCCAGUUUCCGCACAAGCACCGACCGCUGCGCAAGGACUGGCCACCAGCGCGGCUGGAAUUCGAGCGGGAAAUGUGUUUGUUUGGCACCCAGCCACGCUCCUUGCAGACCAUCGCUCGCCUGGAGAUUCGUCGGAGUAUCCUGAGAUGCCUGCAAACGAGGCCGGAGGUGCAGGAAAGAUAUCUUCCUACUCAGGAGCGGUCAUCGCUGGGCAGGAUCUUGGAUGAGUUCGCCAUACCUGCCACUUUGAAACGCUACCUCAGCGACUUUGACGAACUGCCGCUGGUGCGGGGUAUGGAACCGGUCGAUAUACCUGUUGUUAGAUGCACUGAGUUUUGGGAUUGAUUGCGCUUUACGUAUUUAU